GCUAAAAUUGAUGAGGAGCGUCGUCGUCGUGAGGAGGAAGAACGCCAACGUCAGCAACUGAUAGAUGAGCAGCGACGUGCUGCAAGAGAACCUCGGGGUCCAAAUCGUCGAGAAAUGGAUAUGGAUUCCAAGGCUAUGGCUGAUUCUGAUUGGCGUGGUGGAAUGCGCGAGCGUCAAGCAAUCCCAAUUCGUUCGAUGCCGGGUCGGGAUCGUGACUUGGGUGAGCGUCCGCCAAUGCGUGAACGAGAGGCAACGGAUAGAGAUAGUUCGUGGAGGCGUGGUAUGAACACAGGGCCUGCUGCACCCCCACCACCAUCUGGCUUCCGCGACCGCGACCGUGACCGCGAACGUGAACGUGAACGUGAACGCGCGACACCUGUCCCAUUGACCAACGCAGACAAGGACACAUCAUGGCGAAGUAAUCUGGCUCCUGCACCUCCACCACCAGCUUCUGAUAGUGAGUUUGUUUUGCAGAGUUCCUUUUCAUCAGCCAAAAAAUCUCAAUUGCUAGAUAGAAGAACUAUGCUGAUCCCGUUUAGUAUGCUAUAA